AUGGGAUAGAUUUGCAAAUUACCUUCAACAGAAGAAUCAAAUUUGGAUACACAUUCGAAUGACAUAAGACCUUUAUCUUAAGAUUAAUAAUUAUUGUAGGAGUAAAUUUUGAGUGACAAUCAGUUCAAUAACAUACCAAAUUAAUACUCGUUAUAAUUAUCUUGUACCCCAGAGAUAGUCAUUCCUUAAUAUGGACAAAAAAUGCAUUCUCUUUAGGAUAGUUAAUACACUCCUGAGUUUUUGGGAAUAAGUUAACCAUUUUAAUAAUAAGUGAAUAUAUAUUAAUAAUAAUUUUGA